GUACCGACCUCUGGAAACCUCCCAAGGCUGACGACUAACCUUCACGAACUUGUAGGGCCCGAAUCCGCCGACGGCAACACGUCGUUGGGUGAUUUUGGGGUCUUGACGGAGCCGCCCUCGCAAUCGCUGCACCGUGUUGAGACCCGAAUUCAGAACUCCCGCCCGCCCGAGUCCACACGGCACCAACUGUCCCUCGCACAACGCCCUUAUCUUGCCCUGCCUCACGGGAGCCGAUUCGACGGGCCUUUGAUGCCCUCCCGUGUAAGCAACAGCCUAGGCCCCCGACGGGGCGGUGGCAGGUUCGGCUCGUGUAAUAUGAAGAAAUCACAACUCUCGCCCGUCUCGCAGACUACUUCUUUGUCACCGCCACCAUGUCGCUAAGACCGGGCCGUUACCGAUCGUCGACAUCUGCGUCGACGCCCCUACCCACAUCCAAAGCCACCGAAGUCCUCCAGACGCUCCUCGACUCCGUAUCUUCCGCUCUUUCAAACUCCGCAGCAAACGGGUAUCCGAUAUUCGCGCCGUUGCUUGUCAAGAUCGGCCAGGUGAAACAGCAUCUGUCGGCGACCACACCGCCAAGCUCCGUCCAAGAUGACUUCAGAUAUCUCCGAGGCUUCCACCGAUUGUUGGAUGUCCUGCGGUCCUUUUCUGGCUUCUACAACCUCCAGAAGCGGGACGAGAACGAAAAGAAGGGCUGCUUUGACCUCCUCAACGCCGUGUUCGACGCCCUAGGGGCUGCUUUUCGGAACCAUCCCGGUAACCGACGGUAUUUUCGCACGCGAGUCGAGGACGGUGGGUGGGAUGCUCUAGAGCAGGCUAUAGCAAGCAUUGGCCUCGGCGGCAGCGACUCGGAUCUUUGGACGAGUUGCCAACUAUUUGGGAAGCUCUUCGCCCUCGCGCUCAACGACCGCGCCUUGGAUCAACUAUGCUGCUCGAUCUUGCUCGAGGAUACCACCCCCUGGGUCCUGGUGGGGCCUACAGAGAUCGGCACUGGGGUAGACAGCACCAGGAACGAGGACCACGAAAUUGCCCGCCUUGAUCAUAUGGCGUCGAUCGAGGCGAGGAUUAAGAAGACCAUUAGCUCCAAGUCGACUCUGCAAAACCCCGAGGUCAUCCCUACCAUUAUAGACUUCUGGGAAUCGCUUCCCCGUGAUAGCAGAGCUCUGGAGAAUACGGUAUCGCUCCUCGUACUUAAGGUCCUCUCAUCGAUCGUGGAUGCUUCGAAUGCCAACCUUUGCCUGGUCCACGAGACUGGUGUUCUGUCCAGGUUCCUAAAACUCGCCUUUGAAGAGAAUUCCUCGCUAAACGAUGCCGAGAGAGAAGCGGCCCUAACCCUCUGCCGAUCUCUCGUGCCGUUUGGCGUGAACCAGCUCGUUGACGCGCAACAGCUUCUACUCAACCCUUCUCUAAACUCGUCAGAUUUUUGCUUGGAAGUAAUGCAAAAGUAUGGCGGCCCACCGUUUGUCCAAUUCGACCUGUCCCAGUAUGGGCAUUCUUCUAUCGAGUUACCAAGUCUUGGCCGCCCAUUCCCCCCUCAGUCGUCCGCCGGGUAUACCUUCGCUGCUUGGGUGCGAGUUGACAAGUUUGACCCGAGGUCGCAUACUACAAUUUUUGGGGCCUUUGACUCGACCCAAACUUGUUUCCUCCUCGCGUAUCUCGAGAAAGAUACCCGCAACUUCAUUUUACAAACGUCAGUGACUUCUCAGCGGCCGAGUGUCCGUUUUAGAACCUUCACUUUUAAAGAAGGUAGAUGGUAUCACGUCGCCAUUGCUCACCGACGACCCAAGACAAUGACGCCCAGCAAAGCUUCCUUGUAUGUGAACGGCGAGUUCGUCGAACAAAUACGAGCCUCCUAUCCUGCCUCUCCACCUUUGUCGAACGGGAGUACGGAAAGCUUUGCGUCCUUCACCUCCUCUAAUAAUAAGACGUUGCCGGUCCAGUCAUUCUUGGGGACGCCACGAGAGCUUUCUUCUCACCUAGGCGCCGGGUUGAUACAGUCAAAGUGGUCUCUCGGCACUGCCCAUUUGUUCGAUGACGUGUUGAGCGAUGACUUUCUCUCUGUGCCUAGCCGGUUAGGCGUACAUUAUCAAGGGAAUUUCCAAGACUGUCUCGGCGGGUUCCAGACAUAUAGAGCAUCUGCUGCUUUGGGACUACGCAACGACCUUGUCAGUACCGGAAAAGAUGAUUCCGAUAUCAUGAGAGUUAUAAGAGAUAAAGGCAGCCAUGUGGUCCCGGAGAGCCACAUUCUUCUCAGCGUAAUGCCGUCCUCAAUCUUUCGGGAGAAGGAGCAUUUCGGGGAGUCCCAGCUAUUUCGCGCCCUAUCACGCGGGCCCGCCAACACCUUGGUGCAAAUGGUCCUGAAGAACGGCACAGGCAUAGCCAUCAACACUGCGUCGCCUUCCAUCAACGAUGCGCUGCUUCGCUCAAAUGGCGUGGCGGUGCUGACUGGGAACCCGAUCGUCGUGACUCCUCAAUUCUUCGACGAUGCCCUUUGGCAGCUCGCCGGGUUCACACCGCUUGCGUUGAGGCUUGUCGAGCGAGCUUCGUCGCCCGACACGUUAGUCCGCGCCGUCGAGAUGGUAUUUCUAUGCAUCAAUUCAAGUUGGCGGAACAGCGAGGCCAUGGAGAAAGACGGAGGAUACGCAACGUUGGCGAUUCUGCUCAAAGCCAAGCUCGGGUUUGGUGGACCUACCACGGGCGAAAGUUUGACGGACAGGUUAACGCUUGACAAGACCGAGACUGACAAGUUAUGUCUUCAACUGCUGAGUCUUGUGUUGGGGUUUGUCGGGUACAAGCAUAACGACCCUCUGGAGUCCGUCAUCAUCAACCCUCUGGCGUAUCGCGUCCUCCUCGUCGACUUUGAUGGUUGGAGGAAGUGCGGACAUAUAGUCCAAGAGCAGUACUACAAGCAAUUCGUGAGCUUCGCUGUGAUGAGCAAGCAUCACCAAUACAACAACCGCCGGCUGCUUCGAAUGCGGAUUGUAAAAAGGCUACUCGAUGCCGUGAAAUCCGAGCCUCCACUUGAAAGCGUCCUCCCUUUUUUCAUAAGUACAGUGAAGAGCCUCGUCAAGUGCAACUACAACACCGAAGUCCAUCAGUCGCUUGCUCUGUUUAUCACCUAUGCUUUCCACCCUCCCGCAAGGCCUGUUUCGCGGACCCCGAAGCCAACGACAAACCGACCCGGUUCACGGAGCGUCACAUCGCGACGCCCAUCCCAUGCCAAUGGGACCGGCAGAGACGAUGUCCGGUUGCUGACGAAAAAAUAUGUUGGUAUACGUCUCUUGGAUAUGUACAGCCAACUGCUCUGCGAGAAAGGAAACCUAGCAAUUAUCCGGAAGUUUGCAAAAACUGUUACAAAUAAGUGGCUUCUGUAUCUCCUCACCGAGGACGACCCGGGAAUCGUAGUAAACGGCUGCAAGAUACUCGCCAGGCUUCUAGUUACCCACGGCCCGACGUAUAUCGGCAAGUUCUCCGGGAAGACUGGCGGAUUCCAUAUCAUGGCCUACCACCUUAAGCGAUGGUGGGACAUCCCAACCCUUUGGCCCAUCUGCUUCAGCAUUCUCUUCGGAUAUGAUGUUGCGGAGAUAGACUUCGAUAAGAGCUUCGAUUUCUUCAGCAUGCUCGAGACGUUCGGGAAGUGCAAAAUUGCCAAUCCCGACGCGUUGCCGAUUAUCACGGCCAUGAUUCAGCACGGCAUGAAAGACGUCCUCAAGAGCCAAGCAGAUCCGACUUCGCCUUCGGGCGAGCCUAGCCUCGCCGAGCAAAGCACAGCAGCCCGCGAAUACCCAGCUACAAGGCCGCGGGCUCGGUCUAUGUUACUGCAGAAGGAACUGGAAUUGCGACAGGCGAUGCACACACCAGCCGAACGCCCUACCGGCGAUGCCGCCGUCCUCCAGACUGUCAUUCGAUUCAUGGUAGACCUUCAUGCCCGAUCAGCAGACUUCCGAGACUUUGCGUUGUCUUCAGACUACGUACGACUACUUCUGUCCGCCCUCUAUCCCGCUCUUGUUAGCGCAGACCCCGUCUAUCCCGAGACGGAACUUAACUCCGGGGAUUCGGCACUCAACUUUGAAGGAAGCGAUGUCAUCAUUCGCCCAGCUGCCGGCAGCUCGAGUGUAGCUCCGGUAGUGAGGACCUCAAGCGCAGCCAAUCCAUCGCUCCCGACUAGUGGGACUGCCCACCGCGGAACUCAAUUGCGGAAGGCUUCCUCCUUCAUUCUGACAUCGCAAACUUCCACUCAAGCCAGUCCGGUUCGCCUCGUCCACGCGAUAUCGCCGAAGAAGAGAGCUGCCGAGCAGAGCAUUAGACACGGUAUAGUAGAUGGCAUUUUGGAACUUGUCAUCAACGUUUUCAUAGACCAGUUGCUAGUUCGGAAAGAAUUCCCCGGCUUUGGACUUUUCCUCAAAGUCCCUCCCGGAUUCCAGGAGCAUCAGGCUUACUUCGAGUCAUAUGUGCUCAAGAGCACUAUCGUCCACCUUUCCACGACAAUUAAGCUCGACUGGAAGGCUUUGAGCGAACCGAAAGUACUUACCAACAUGGCUAGAUUCAGUAUCCACAUGGUUGAAGCGAUCUUCGAGGGAUGGUUCAUGAACGGGACCGAGUCGAUGUUGGAAUUCGCCGGAGUCCUGCUGGAGCACCUGCAGAAACCCGAGGUAGCAGCAAUGAAGACCGUAAGGCUCUGUAGCCAGGCAGUGUCGACUAUUCGAGGCUCGUUCCUCAAGUUGGUUCUGUUGAGAUUAUCAGAGAUGGAUGACCCACAGACUACAGAGAUUGAGGCGAACUUUUCGAUGGAAAAGAUACUCUACUGGCAGAUGGUUGUGUUGCAGUCUAUGUCCAUUGAUGAUGACUACAUGAAGCUCUUUUGGUACCAGCUUUAUGCUAAAUUAAUUGACGCCAGGCAAGCUGUGCGGCUCGCUGCUGUGGACAUUUGGCGCAUCAUGCUAGUCCAGAAGCCCGACGAAUGCUCUUCGUUGUUUCGCCUCUUAACGACCUCGGAUCAGGCUCAGCUAAUAACCGACUUCCAGAAAAUCACCGAGCUGGACACCGAUGCUUUCAUUGAGUGGGUGGAUCAACACCGGCCCUCGCUGGACACGCUGUUUUUAGGAGGAAUUUCACGAGCCUGGGAAGAAUUCGUUGGCAUAGAAAACCAACGCACGUCGGAAACGGCCAAAUCGCGACUAACGAAGCGGAAAGAAACACUGAAGCGGUGGCACUUGGAGACUCUUGAGCGGGAUAAUGUCCUCCUACGGCAUGACAUGGCUAACUCGGCAUGGAUGAAGUCCAUAUAUGCUUCUGAGCAUUUCAAACACCAGCGUCUCAUGCAGGAUCAACAAGACGAUGUCGGUUUCUAUUCGUCUGCGUUUUCAAAAAUGCAAAGAGACCUCAACCGACCAGGGGCCGUCUUGUAUGAACCUGGCCCUUCUAAGUGGAAGCUUGAUAGGACUGAAGGCCGCCACCGCAUGCGGCUUCGGCUUCUGCCCGAUCUUACCACCGACCACGACCAGUAUCAACCGAAGCGGAAAACAGUUGACCAGCCAUCAGCUGCAGCCCACGCGCCAAGCACGUCGAUCUUGCCAUCCAUAGUUACCGCUUUGACAGAAACUACCACGUCGUCCACCCCUCAGGCGAAGAUCGCUAACUUAGACGACGGCCCCGAAGAUGAACCCGAUAGCUCCGUGGCCGGUGCUCGGGCUGAUCCCGAACAAUCAGCGCAGUCGGUCGUCCCCGAGGACGAUUUCGAACUGAUAGAUGAUCCAAAUGAUCCGAAUGCAGCCGAUGACGGGUUUGAAGAUAAGAACCGGAGAGUAAUGAGACGCCUGCAGCAAGGUGAUGCCGUACAACAGGUUUAUAACAUCUCUCGCAUCAUUGGUCUCGAGGCCUUUGAGGGUAUCCUUCUCGUCGGGAAGAAUGCCCUUUAUAUAAUGGACAAUUUCUUCCAGUGCGUAGAUGGGGAAAUAGUCAACGUCUGGGAGGCACCUCCUGAAGAACGCGACCCGUUCUCUCAAAUCAUUACUGGGUCAAAGUCUAGUGAGAAUCGCCAGACGUCCGCACAGAGCGCCCAGGAUUCACGGAGCUGGAAAUGGCAAGAUGCGAUCAGUAUAUCCAAGCGCCGCUUCUUAUUCCGGGAUGUGGCGAUCGAGAUUUUCUUCACCGACGGUCGCAGUUAUCUUUUGACUGCCAAGAAUUCGGUAAUGAGAGACGAAGUCUUCACGAAACUCAUCAAUAAGAUUCCGCACACGUCGGGGGUCAAUUCGCUGCCCAACCCAGAAGAUGCGUGGCGCCUAGAAUCUCUUAAGGUGUUCGAAGACUCGCCCCAAACACUCGGAUCCAAGUUUGGUAGCAUCUUCAACUCUUCCCCCUGGAAUCCUAUCAUGCGCCGAUGGCAACGGGGCGAGAUUUCCAAUUUCCAUUAUCUGAUGCUUGUCAAUACAAUGGCAGGCCGGACAUUCAACGACCUCACACAGUAUCCGGUGUUCCCGUGGGUUUUGGCAGACUACACCGGCGACGAGUUGAACCUGGACGAUCCCGCCACAUUUCGAGAUCUCUCGAAACCUAUGGGUGCGCAGACCGCGCGACGCCAGUCCGACUAUCAGUCGAGGUAUUCUACUCUAGCUGAAAUUGGCGAGACACCGUUCCACUAUGGCACGCAUUAUUCAUCCGCUAUGAUUGUCGCGUCGUAUCUGAUUCGGCUGCCUCCCUUUGUGCAGUCUUUCAUACUUCUGCAGGGCGGUUCCUUCGAUCACGCGGAUCGGCUCUUCUUCUCGAUCGAAGGGUCAUGGAAAUCAUCCUCCCAAGAUAAUGGUUCGGACGUGCGGGAGCUAAUACCCGAGUUCUUCUAUCUCCCAGACUUCCUAACGAACGUCAACGGAUACAAUUUUGGGGAACGCCAAGGCUCCGGGGGACGAGUGAACGACGUCGAACUGCCUCCCUGGGCGAAAGGUGACCCGAAGAUAUUCAUUGCCAAACAUCGCGAGGCGCUCGAGAGCCCGUACGUAAGCCAGAACCUUCACCUCUGGAUCGACUUGAUAUUCGGUCACAAGCAACGCGGCGAAGCUGCCGUAGAGAACUUGAAUGUGUUUCACUACCUCUCGUACUACGGCGCCAAAGACCUGGACAAUAUUACCGAUUCUGAUGAACGACAUGCUACCACAAGCAUCAUACACAACUUCGGGCAGACUCCGCACCAGGUUUUCACCAAACCUCACCCACCGCGGGAGAACGUCUCGUUCCCGGCGAAGAGGCUUGAUACGUCUAGUCAUGCUCUUGCGAGGAUCCCCCACCCGCUCCUCGAAAGUCGUGAACGGGUCGCAUCGUUAACCUACUCGCCUAAACUGGAUCGCCUCCUGUGUUCUUCCCCAUUCCGGCUCAAUCUUCCGCCGUCAUUCGACAAGUAUCUUGAAUGGGGCUACGCGGAUAAUAGUGUGCGGUUCUACCACACCGAACAUCGGAAGAGCGCCGGCGUGAGUGAAAACCUACACAUUGGUCAGAUAUCGUGUAUUGUCGUCGCAGACUCUAGGACGUUGAUCACGGCGGGCGAGGACUGCGUCGUGUCUGUUUUCACGAUACAGACUGCGUCGGGUAAACCUGUUGAGCUGGUACACCGGUCGUCGCUUUUCGGACAUAAAACGCCGGUUACGACCAUCGCCGUGUCCAAGGCUUUCAGCACCUUGGUCACCAUCUCCGGGGACGGCCACGCGUUUCUGUGGGACCUCAACCGCCUCGAGUUUAUGCGGAAGUUGCCGAGCACCCGGGCGGUGGAGUGCGCUCGUAUCAACGACGUGUCCGGCGAGAUCAUGCUGUGCUCGGGGCCUAAUGUGGCGCUGUACACGAUCAACGGCGACCUAAUACUCGACCAGAACGUGUGCUCCGAGCACGAUGACUGCGUAUACUCGUGCUCGUUCUACGAAGGAUCGGGAAGUGAAUGGCUUGAGAAUUACCUCGUCUUCACGGGACAUCGGAGAGGGAAGGUAAACAUCUGGAAGCGAGUGGUCAAGGACGGGAAGUGGAUUCUCGAGCUGGUGAGGCGGCUAGAUCACAUCGACACGCGCACCGAGACGGGGACGAACACGGAAGCGGCCAUUACUUGCAUCACGCCGAUGCCGCAGCUCGUUUACACCGGAGACGACGAUGGGCGAGUAUACGAAUGGAAUUUGAUCCAGCGGGAGAGAUAGGGCUCGCCCCCGAAGCGCAACGGGGAGAUGAGGCGGGGGGGAGGCGAAGGGAAAGGGGGCUUCGGUCGAAAGGCAUUGGUGCAUAGACCGGCGUUUGCAUUGAGAUUUCGGGCUCCCUCGUAUC